AUGCGCGCCUCCGUCAUUAUUCUCGGCUUCCUCGCCACUCUCACCGUCGCUCUCCCCGAAGCAUACCCUAAGGUCGAAAUCGCAUGCCAAUCUGUGAGUCUGCUCGAUGGCCACGAUGUUAGAGAAUGUGGGGCGACGAUUUCUAACGAGCUUACUAGGACACCAUGCCCUGCACGGCUGCUAACUGCGCUGGCGAAGGAUGCUGUUGUGAGGGACUUACUUGCGGAUUCGAUGGUGUAA